AUGCUCAUUUGUGGUGGCAGGCCGCGGUGGGCCGGAGGGCAUUUUGGACUUGGGGCGACUUCCUUGUGGAGUUCAACGCCAAGUAUUUCCCGAGGCAGGCUCGUGAUCGUCUUCAGAUGCGGUUUAUGGGCAUUGAGCAGGGUUCGCGUUCUGUACGCGAGUAUGAUGAGGAGUUCAGCCUAUGCACACUUCGAGGGCGAGUCUGGUAGAGUUGGCCGCGUCGGUGAGGCGGAUCUUGGUGGGCCAGUUGGUCCGGUGGCUGUGCCGUCAGCAGUUGCUUCUGCUACCCAGCCUCGGGGUCAGCAUCAGCAGCCGCGACAGCAGCAGCAGCAGCAGCGCAGAGGUGGUUCGAGUUUCAGUUCUGGUUCUGGCAGGGGCGGUUUGCCUGCGCAGGGUCAGAAGAGGAGUAGAGAGGAGUUUUCUGGUGCUAGUCAGUUUCCUCGUGGUUCGUGUUUUGGGUGUGGGAGCACGGAGCAUCGUGUUUCGAGUUGUCCCAAGAGGGAGUCAGCACCGAGGGUGUGCUACUACUGCAAGGAGCCUGGGCAUAUCAAGCCCAUGUGUCCUAAGUUGCGGAGUAUGUCGGUGGCUUCGGUUCAGCCAGUAGCGGCUCAGCCAGUGAGUCAGAUCGCAGCAGUGCAGCCGUUGGGUCAGAUUGCACCGGCGCCGCGGGGUUACUCUUCAGUGGAGACUGGCGGGACUAGUCAGACCGGACAGAUCACAGGUAAAUCUUCGACUCAGACUUUGUAA